AUGGACGCGCCCGUGCUGCAGAUCAACUCGUCGUUCGAGUUUGACCCGGACGACGAUGUGCGGAUGACGACCGAGGUCAAGGCGACCGUGCGCGAGGCCCACACAGGGAGCACAAAGUCCGAAUAUAUUCUCAACCAGUACAAGCGCGGCUCCAAGAUCGGCGGCGGCCAGCACGGGACCGUCUAUAUCUGCUACGACAUGCACAAGAAUUUCGCGAUCAGGGCGAUGAAGGUCGUGAGCAGGAAGAAUCCGCGGCAGGACCGGGUGAAGGAGCUCAGGAAGAAGCAGCGCUUGCCAGCGUCGGGCUCGCACAUGCCAGUGACGGACAACUUCUCGAGUACGGAGCACAAGAUCAGGAAGGAGAUCGCCGUCAUGAAAAAGUGCAAACACCCGAACGUCGUCAGGCUGCUCGAAGUCAUUGAUGACAAGCUGUACAAGAAAGUAUACAUGAUCAUGGAGUACUUGGGCGGCGGCGAGGUCAAAUGGCGCGACGACGCGGCGCGGCCGAUUCUGCGAGUGGACCAAGUGAGGCGAAUAGCGCGGGAUGUCAUCCUCGGUCUAGAAUACCUGCACCAGCAAGGAAUCAUCCAUCGCGACAUCAAGCCCGCCAACCUGCUUUGGACAGAAGACAGGCGUAUGGUCAAGAUUGCCGAUUUUGGCGUCGCUCACAUUUCCGCUGCACAUGCUGCCCGUUCAGAAGAGCACACGCGCACAAGGAGCUCGGCCGACGACUUGAACCUCCUGUUCGAUGAUUCAGAGCUUUGCAAGACGGCCGGCACACCUUCCUUUCUGGCGCCCGAGGUCAUCUACGAGUACGGCACGGACCCUGUGUCGACCGUCCCGUCCCAAGCCAGCCUGGCCGAGCCUUCCGCCACCAAACGCGAUUCCAAGUCGACUCUCCACGCCGUUCCGACUAGACCUCCGAUCACCAAGGCUGUCGACGUUUGGGCGUUCGGCGUUUCGCUCUAUGGCAUGCUUUUCGGGCACGUUCCUUAUCAUCCGCCUCAAGGCAACGAGUACGCGUUGUACCGGAUGAUAUGCACCGAGGACUGGGAGGUCCCUGCGACUAUGGGUUACGAUAAGCUCCCUACCGGCGGUCGUCCCCCAGAUCUCAGCGGGCCCGAGCCGACGCAGGGUGCGCUGGUGAUCAACCUUCUCGAACGCGUUCUCGAAAAGGACGCCUCGAAACGGGCGACACUCGUAGAAGUAAAGCGCCACCCAUGGUUUAUGCGAGAUAUCUCCAACUCGGACGCCUGGGUCAAGGAGACCGUUAGUCCCCCUGAACCGAGCACGCCUACGACAUCGGACGACGCUGAACACGAACUCACGAACCAUGACCGAGAAUCGCCGGAGGAGCUUGACGAUCCGUACAAUGACGACGACGACCUUCCGCCAGGUGUCACGCCCGAUGAAUACGAGACGGCAGUCACCCAAGUCAAGUUUCGUUGGACGCCGCGUGAGAUUGGCAAGCGGAUCAAGAACUUGCUUGGAGGCAAAGGCGCUCGAGGGCCUGUGCUUCCGCCCCGGCAUGCGCGCGACCAGGUCGGCAUCCACUCCGAACCGAGUGCUGCUAUGGGCCGCUUUGCGCGCCCGCGCAGUGCCGGUGUGGGCGGCGCGUCGAGGAGCGCUGGAGCGUCGCAGGUCACGCCGCCGCGAAGGAAGAAGGAAGCACAGCCGGCGCGACAUCAGAUAGACAGGCCCUCUCGUGGUGGCGUAUCUUCGGUCGGCACAGGCGGCGGACAGUACGGCACUGUCGGGUCUGUGUCGACAAUGGCGACGCGGGACGAUCCGCUGGACAGCAACAUGCGUUCGUUGAGCCCUACACGAGCACUCGGCGAGCGGGAGCGGACGAGGAGCAAGUACUCAAUUCGACAACUCUUCGCGCGCUCUCCCAGCGGACAAACACUUGCUUCAGAUGUCCCCACUCCUUCGACAUCAACUUCGACAGGCGUGGGUAGCUCGCGGUUACAUGCCGUAACAUCCAUCUCGCUCGUCUCAUCCCCUGGCAUGUCGACCAAGCCCGCAAUCAGCACUGGCGCUGUUACGCCGGCUUCUGCUACUGGUUCUUCACCAAGCGACGGAUUUGGCUUCGGUACUCCGCCGCAGGCGCGCGCUGCUAGCUGGGGCAACGUCGGGGAUUAUGCCAAGCGGAGGGGAAGCCUGCCACACAGCGCGGGUCACGAUGCGGACGGUCAGAGCAUCUACUCUGGCGCUGGCGAUGAACCAGACGACGACACCAUGUUCUAUGGCGCGGGAGGUGUGGCCGAUGCACCGCAUACACCACUAGCCGUGUCUAUGCCGCCUACACCGGGAGUGGGAGGUCCAGGGUUCGUGCCAUUCGCAGCUCCGCAAGACAUGGGCCGCAUAGUGCCCGUCACGCUCGCGUCGUCUGGAAUCGCGCAUGCCAUGGCUGUCCCGCCUGAGCUCUUGCAUGGCGUUACGGGCCGCGAUCCGUCGACAAUGGCGGAUCCCGCGAAUCAGGCGCCGUCUCGUUCUGGCAACGCUUCUCGAACACACGCGAGGAGUCCGCUUGUCCAGGCCUACGCAUCGAGCGACGACGGGGAGGAUUGGGAGGAGCAGGAUAGACCACCGCGAUUACCUGAACACUUCGAUUCCGAUUUCGAGAGGGACGAGGAGAGAGAAAUUGGAGGUCAGGGUGAAGCGGGUCCGAGCGCUAGUCCUGGGAGCAGUCAGGACAGCUUCGAAGAUGAUGACAGCAGCUUCUUCGAGAGGACCAGCGCUAGUGACAAACGGAGGAGGGAGUUGGCGAAGGAGGCGCAGAGGAUGUUUGAUGAGGAGGGGAGCGGACAUGGGCCUGGAGACGUUCACGGGCUUGGCCACGACGCCCAAGAUUCAGACGAGGAGGACGAGCCUGAGCACGACGAACACGAUUCGUGGCAUGGGCUCGGACAGGAGCAUGAUCCUUACGGUCACGACCAUGGGCACGAUCCAUACGAGCAUGAUGGGCCGCGACCAACAGCCAGUCAGCUAUUCGGCGAGGAGUGCUCGAGCAGCGAGAGUGGAGGAAGUAGUGGAAGCGAUGACGAAGACGAGAGCAUGGAAGCUGCCGCUAUCGAGGUUCGAAGGAGGCGUCCGAGCGCAAGCGUGGGCGUUGGCUCCGGCGUAGGCUCACCAAGGCCGAGGGUCUUGACGCCUCCAACCCCGGAUAGCGAUAGCGACGAUAGCGGCAGUGAGGAGUAG